UGAUAUCAAGAUGCAGCGCUUGAUGGCAGCUUCCCAUCCAAACGCCGUCCCUCCCCAUAUUAUCCCACAGGAAUUGUGGGGUGAACCCUAUGUAGGCGAUGAUGUAGGGGAAGGGAAUUAUGGAAUGACUGAAUCCAUUAUUGAAGAUGUUGAGCCUUGCGCAAUCAGCGGAGUUGGGAAUGAAACGACAGUAUUGCCGAAUGAAGGAGAAGCCAAUGUACAGCCCAGUGUGGGAAUGGAGUUUGAAUCCGAAGAAGCAGUGUAUGCAUUCUAUAAUCAGUAUGCUAGGCGUGUCGGUUUUGGUAUCACCAGAUUAUCUGUCCGUCGAUCAAGGACCGAUAAAUCCAAGAUUGCGGGGCAUUAUGCAUGUUCAAAACAUGGGCUCAAAGUCAAGAAAAAAAGUUCGGGUAACCCACGACCCACGCUUAAGGCAGGUUGUAAGGCGAUGAUAAAGGCGAAGAGAAAAGAGACUGGGAAGUGGGUGUUGUUUGCUUUUGUCAAGGAACAUAACCACGAACUCUGUCCAGGGGACGUGCGCUUUUUCCGGUCGCACAAGAAGGUUGGAACGCCUGAAAAGAAGGGUAUCUCUAAUGCGUCAGGGGUAAAAGUGAAAAAGAAUUCUGGGAAGGCCAAACAGCCUGGUGUAAUCAGCAGUGUGAGCUUUGUGGAUAAAGAACGUAGGAUUCUGACGGACAAGGAGCGGCGGGAUUCCCUUGCAGGAGAAGAUGCGCAAGCUGCACUAAGGAAUUUCAUCCGAAAGCAUGCUCUGAACCCUGCAUUCUUCUAUGCAAUAGACAUGGAAGGGGACCAACAUCCGAAAAAUAUCUUUUGGGCCGAUGGCAGGUCUAGGACAGCAUAUACAUACUUUGGUGACGCGGUCACGUUUGACACAGCAUAUUUGACAAACAAGUACAACGUGCCCCUUGUUUCGUUUGUAGGGGUGAACCAUCAUGGGCAGUCGGUGUUGCUUGGUUGUGCGAUUCUUGUAGAUGAGACGAAAGAGUCAUUUGCUUGGUUGUUUAAGACAUGGCUUGCUGCAAUGUCUGGACGGCCUCCGAGGGCAAUAAUCACUGACCAAGAUAGGGGCAUUAAAUCUGCGGUCAUAGAGGUUUUUCCAGAAACUUGUCAUCGUCUUUGCCUAUGGCAGAUCCUAAAAAAUGUUCCUGAAAAAUUGGGGCAUAUUUGUAAAGCUCAUCCAGCAUUUACUGACAAGUUAAAUAAUUGUGUAUAUGACUCUUUGACGGUAGAGGAGUUCGAAAUCAAAUGGGAUGAAUUGAUGAAAGACUUUAAGCUUGGGGAUAAUGCAUGGGUUCAGAUGUUGUACGAGGAACGCCAUCAGUGGGUCCCAGUGUUCUUAAAGGACACCUUUUUCGGAGGGAUGUCUACUUCUCAGCGCAAGGAAACUGUCAAAUCUUUUUUUGAUAAAUAUGUGAGUCCAAGUACCUCGUUGAAAGAGUUCCUUGACCUGUAUGAAGUAGCACUAGAGAAUUGGUAUGAGAAGGAAGCCCAAGCUGAUUUUGAAACAUACCAGAAGCCACCCACAUUGAGUACGCCGUCACCUUUUGAAAAGCAAGGUGCAUCUGUGUACACAAAGGAAAUAUUUAAGAAAUUCCAAGUUGAAAUUCUUGGAAUGUCUGCUUGUUUUGCAAGCAUUGUGCAGCAGAAGGGGACAAUCACCACAUACAUGGUGAAAGAAUGGGAAGAUUUUGAGAAGAUGAAGGGGAAGGAAUACACGGUGAUGUGGAAUUGGUUUGAGACGAGAAUUUCUUGUAUUUGUCGCUUGUUUGAAUUCAGAGGCUAUCUUUGCAGACAUGCGUUGGUUGUUCUCUUAGCGUCGGGCGUACCAAUGAUUCCAUCGCACUACAUCUUGAAACGCUGGACAAAGGAAAUGAGGAAUAGGCAUGUGUUGGAUGAGUGCGGCCCUGAACAAGCUGUUCGUCCUGAAACUAUGGGCCAACGGUACAAUGACCUAUGUCAACGGGCCAUUAAAUUUGCAGAGGCAGGGUCAUUAUCUGAAGAGAUGUACAACACCGCGGUGCAAGAACUACAAAAGGCAAUGAGAAAACUUGUAAUUGGUAAAGUUUGAUUUCUGGAGAUCAAGAAUGUCUGGAGUUUCACAAGAAAAUGAGGUUGGCAUAUUGAUGUGGAUCCUGGCAAAGCUAUUAUUGUUUGUUGCACUGUUCGGGUGGUCAUACUGGUUUUAGAUGCCGAUGCAUUUGUAGAACUACUGACCCCGCAUUAUGUAAACUCUUCUAGUGUGUAAUGAGUAGUUUGCUUUUUUCC